AUGGAUACAUACAAAAAAGGUGUUCCAUUGUUGGUGUUGUUGGUAUGCAAUAUUUUUACAGUAGUCUCACCUUGUGGAUUUCUUAGCAAGCGAUUCGUAGUCCACAUCGUAAACCAUGUAUCGACCCAAGAGUCGAUAAGCGUGCAUUGCAACUCGCCGGAUCACGACAUCGGCACGCAUACUGUGCUCCCGAAUGACGACUUCAAUUUCAGCUUCUGCACCCGUUUUCUGGGCACCUACUGGUAUUGCGAUAUUGCACGGGUCGAUGCACCUGGACUUCAUGUUAAGAUCGAAGCCUUCACGCCCAAGUUCAACGGGCAAUAUUUGUGUGGGAAGUCGAGCCGUCAAUGCUAUUGGGCCGUAAAUCCCGAUGGAAUCUUCUUUGGGAAAGACCUUCAGAAGAUGGAGAAGAAGUAUGAUUGGCCAUUGAAUCAUACACUUUCUACUGUCGACAAGAAGUUGGAGAAGAAGAAGUAUAGUUUGUCAAGAGGGCCUUUCGAGAUAGGGUUGUGA